AUGUCGGCGGCACCAUCAACAAGGCCGUCCAGACGCGCCGCAACAAGGCGGGCGGCUGUUAUCGACUCCGACGACGAAGACGAAAUUGGUAACACCACAAAGGUUCGCGCUGAUGACGAAGUCGAAUAUACUCCAGAAGUUUCGAGGACAUCUCGACGCCAGACUCGCAGUGGGCGACUCUCAAUUGCGCCAGCCGCUACACCAGCACCUGCACCCCGACGAUCUCGUGUCAAGAAACAGUCAAUCGCACCAACCGAGCCCGAUGAGCUGGAAGGAGAGCCAGAACCAAGCCAGGUUUUCGACGCCGACACAACCAUCCAGCAAGCCCCUCAAACGCCCCCGAAGAAGCCGUCGCCAAGGAAGAGGAAGAGCGCGGCUCCCAGGGCGUCGAUGGCACCUACAGAAGAUCCCGCACCACCAAUGCCAAAGCAACCUGCGUCUCCAGAAGCAACUCAGAUUCAUGGUUCACCUUUGGCAGAUAUCACGGCUGCCAGUGUGAAUACGGCUCCCAACGCGGAAGAAACGCAGGCAACCAUAAAGCCUAUCAAGCCCUUUGACUCAUUUAUGGACAAGCCAUUGGACAUCGUACUCAAGUCCCGAACGACGACCAUUCCGUUUGUUGAAGAACUACCAUCCUCUCCAAAGUCUCGAAUAGUCUUGACUCAUUUGGUCUUGAACAAUUUCAAGAGUUACGCUGGUCGCCAGGAAGUUGGCCCCUUCCACGCAUCUUUCUCAUCUGUCGUUGGUCCCAACGGCUCCGGCAAAUCCAAUGUCAUUGAUUCUUUACUCUUUGUGUUUGGUUUCAGGGCUAGCAAAAUGCGACAGGGUAAAAUCUCUGCCCUGAUCCAUAAUUCUGCUCAGCAUCCAAAUCUAGAGUACUGUGAAGUUGAGGUACAUUUUGAGGAGGUCAUUGACAGGCCGACCGGCCACGAGGUUAUUCCCGACUCGAAGCUCAUCAUUUCAAGAAAGGCUUUCCGCAACAAUACGAGCAAAUAUUACAUCAAUGGGAAGGAGUCUAAUUUUACAACUGUCACGACGUUACUCAAAGAUCAUGGGGUCGACUUGGACCAUAAGCGAUUCUUGAUUCUUCAAGGAGAAGUUGAGUCCAUUGCUCAGAUGAAGUCAAAAGCCGCCAAUGAGCAUGAAGAUGGCCUGCUUGAGUACCUCGAAGACAUUAUUGGCACCUCUAAAUACAAGACUCCGAUCGAAGAGUCGGCGAAUGAGGUGGAAACCUUGAAUGACAUUUGCGUCGAGAAAAGCGGGCGAGUUCAGCACGUCGAAAAGGAAAAGAAUGGUCUUGAAGACAAAAAAGACAUAGCUCUCUCUUAUGUUCGCGACGAAAAUGAACUGACCCUGAAGCAAUCCGCUCUAUACCAACUGUUCAUUCACGAAUGCAAUGAUAAUAUUGCCGUUACUGAGGAAGCUAUCAGCCAAGUGGAAGCCCAGCUGGAUGCAGAGCUUGAGAAGCACCAGGGUAGUGAGCAGUUCAUCAAGGAUCUUGAAAAACAGUACUCCAAAGGAAGCAAGGAGGUCGAGACGCAAGAGAAACAAACCCAUGCUCUUGUAAAAGAGCUUGCCAAAUUUGAACAGGAGCGCGUCAAAUUUGAUGAGAAGCGCAAGUUUCUUGUCGAGAAACAGAGGAAGCUUCAAAGGACGAUCAACAAUGCACAACACUCAACCAAUGACGCGGAUGAAGCUAUUCAGGAGAGCAACCAAGACAUCGAGACUCGAAGCCAAGAGGUUGCCGACCUGGAGGCCCAAGUGAAGACAGAGGAAGCUGAGCUGGCCAGAAUCCGAGACAGCCUUAAAGGCAAAACACAGGCCUUCUCCGACCAAAUUGCGGCCAAGCAAAAGUCACUGGAGCCUUGGAUGGAGAAAAUUAAUCAAAAGCAAUCCUCCAUUGCCGUGGCGGAGAGUGAAAUGAACAUCCUGAAAGAAAAGGCCAAUGCGGGUGCCAUUGCAGUUCAGGAGUUGGAAAGCAAGAUCACCACCAUUGAGUCAGAGAAGGCAGCAAAGGUCAAGGAGCUAAAGGGCUGCGAAAAGGAGAAAGCCGGACUCCAGGAAGAGGCUGAAAAGGUGAAGUCGGAACUCGGAAUUUUGGCUGAACAAGAACCAAAGAUGAGGGCCAAGAUAUCGAAUACGCGACAAAAGGCCGAUGAAGCUCGUUCAAGUCUGGCAAGUACCCAAGCUCGCGGCAACGUCUUGACCGCCUUGAUGCGCAUGAAAGAAUCCGGUCGAAUCGAUGGCUUCCAUGGACGGCUUGGCAACCUGGGAACCAUUGACCAAAAGUACGACGUCGCUGUCUCAACUGCCUGCUCCGCACUGGAUAACUUCGUCACUGAAUCAGUUGAAUCCGGUCAGCAGUGCAUUGAGUACCUAAGAAAGAAUAAUUUGGGUCGCGGUAAUUUCAUCUGUUUGGACAAACUCAGGUCUCGUGAUAUGUCUCCCAUCCAGACUCCAGAGGACGCACCACGCCUUUUUGAUUUAGUCAAAGCAAAAGACAAGUUCAGACCGGCAUUCUACCACGCAAUGCAGGAUACAUUGGUUGCCAACGACCUGGCCCAGGCCAACCGUAUCGCAUAUGGUGCCAAGCGAUGGCGAGUUGUGACACUGGCUGGUGAGCUCAUUGACAAGUCUGGUACCAUGUCUGGCGGUGGUACUACCGUGAAGAAGGGCUUGAUGUCUUCCAAAAUCGUUGCAGACAUUACGAAAGAGCAGGUCGAGAAGCUUGAGAGCGACCGCGAUUCUUGGGAAACCAAGUUCCAAGAGUUUCAGGAGUACCAGCGCGAGUGCGAGGGUAAAAUCAAGGACCUGGAUGAGAAAAUCCCCCAACUUGAGACCAAGAUGCAGAAAAUUCGGCUUGAGAUUGAAAGUGCUACUCGAACACUUUCAGACAUAAAGAAACGCAUCAAGGAAGUGAGCCUGGAACACCAGCCAUCCGCAUCGGACUCGUCUCGUGUUACGGCUCUGGAGAAGGAUAUCGCCAAACUCAAUGCAGAAAUUGAGCAACUUCAUGGCGAAACUGCCAGCGUCGAGGCAGAGAUCAAGGCCCUGCAGGACAAAAUCAUGGAAGCUGGUGGAGAGAAGCUUCGAAGCCAACGUGCAAAGGUUGACGAUCUCAAGGAACAAAUUAACUCCAGCAACGAAGAGAUGUCAAAUGCUGAGGUCCGCCGAGUCAAGGCUGAGAAACAAAAAGUCAAGCUCGCAAAGGAAAUGGCCAAGUCCAACAAAGAGUUAGAGAAUGCUGUGAAAGAGACGGAAAAGCUGGAGGCUGAUGUCAACAACCAGGGGGAGAAGUCCGACGAGCUCAAAGCUCAAGUUAAAGAAGCAGAGACCGAUUUGGCUUCGAGAAGGGAGGAACUCAGGGCUUUCAAGAAGGAACUUGAUACGAAGACAGCCGAACUCAACAAAAGUCGCGCCGUCGAGAUUGAGAUGCGAAACAAGUUGGAAGAGAACCAAAAGACUCUGUCUGAGAACCAAAAGCGACAUCGAUACUGGGAAGACAAGUUAUCAAAGCUGGCGUUGCAGAACAUUGAGGAUCUCAUUGGCGGCCCCAGUCCGACAGAGCAACCCGCCAAGACUGAACAGCCCAAAAAGCGAGAAAGUUCAUCAGCAGACAGCGAAGACACAGACAUGGCCGAACCCGAAGCAGAGACUGAAGACGCUUGCAUGGCUGAUGCCUCUGCGACAGAAGAAUCAGCUCAAGAGGCCGCCAGCAAUCCACUCUACGAGCUGCCAAGAUACACUCCAGACGAGCUCGCCGACAUGAGCAAGGAAACGCUCAAGGGUGAGAUUGCUGCCUUGGAGGAAAAGACCCAGAAUGUCAGCGUCGACCUCGGUGUUUUGGCUGAGUACCGCCGUCGAGUAGAGGAGCACGCUGCUCGGUCCUCAGAUCUUCAAGCAGCAAUUACCCAGCGAGACGCCGCCAAGAAGCGUUGUGACGACCUUCGAAGAUUACGAUUGGAGGGCUUCAUGGAAGGUUUCAGCGCAAUCUCUCUUCGCUUAAAGGAGAUGUACCAAAUGAUCACAAUGGGUGGUAACGCAGAACUGGAGCUUGUGGACAGUCUGGAUCCCUUCAGCGAAGGCAUCUUGUUCAGUGUGAUGCCACCCAAGAAGAGCUGGAAGAAUAUUGGUAACCUGUCUGGUGGUGAAAAGACGCUGAGCAGUUUGGCUCUAGUUUUUGCCUUGCAUCACUACAAACCAACACCGUUAUACGUCAUGGACGAAAUUGAUGCUGCCUUGGACUUCAGAAACGUCUCCAUUGUCGCCAACUACAUUAAGGAGCGAACAAAGAACGCUCAAUUCAUCGUCAUCUCGUUGAGAAACAACAUGUUUGAACUCGCAGCUCGCUUGGUCGGCGUCUACAAGGUAAACCACAUGACGAAGAGUGUGACGAUCGAGAAUAAGGACUACAUCGAGAGACCACAGCCACAACAACGGCCGCAGACGGGCACCGGGUUCACCACAACGUUGGCGCUCAGAUAG